AUGGGAUUAAGAGAAUCGCUUUAAAUAAUAUUUAAAUUCUGUAGUUGGUUUUACUUUAAAACAUUUUUUUAUGGUUCUUUUUAAAGUUCUAAAGUAGGAAUUUUGGCACUAUUAAUAAAAGAUUUUGGUCUUAAAAAUGACAUAAACUAAGAUUUAUUAUCAUUUACAAUACUCAUGACAGUAUCUAUUAGCUUAUUAAUCAAUGAAUUUUUAUUGAUUAAAUUCAUUUAAAAAAGGAUUAUAGAAAUUAUUUUAGAGAUUGCAAGCUUUAUUUUUAUACUACUGAUAUCUUUAAAUUUAAUAGUAUAUUUAUAAAUUAUAAUAGCGUGCUUUAUUAUGACUACAAAUUUUUGCUCUCUUGUAAACUUAUUGUAUAAUAUCUACCCUACAAUCUUCAGAUAUAAUAUAGUUAUGGUAAUAAUUAUGACUGUUAUUUUUUCUGCGAUGAAUUUAUAUAUGAGUUCUUAUAGCAUUAAUACGGGAAGUUACAUAGGUUAUGAAAAAACUGUUGUGUAUCUUUUAGCUGGUUUUUAUGCCUUUUCUUAGUUUGUAAAUUUUUUUCUGUAAAAAAAUAUCAAGAUGGAUGAAGAUAUUCAUAAUAGAAAUGAAUAAAAUGAUUUUUUGUAUACAUAAGAAACUUUUGAUGAAAAGGAAAUGUAAUAAAUUAAUAAAUGCAAAAAAUUCUCUAUGAUCUUUUUAAUCUUUAUAGUAGGGUUUAAUGUUAAUUAUUAUUCAAUAGCUAAUUUGACUUAGAAUUUUAGUAUGUUUACUGAAAUAAUAUAUUUAUUUUGUUUUCAAAUAUUGUUUUCAUAUGUAUAGGUGAUUCUGGUUAUAAUAUUUCCUAUUUUAGAUCUCACUAAUAUAUUUAUAUUUCUUAAUAUAAUGGUUGUAGCUUAGCUUUAAUUAGUGAUUAACAAUAUGUACUUAAGAUCUAUGUUUCUAACAAUUAUUUUUGGUUAGCCAAUUCUAUUUCAAAUGUUUUUUAGAUAAUAUACAGGAUUUAUUUAACCUAAUAAAUGGAUUAAAAUAAUUUUAGCAGUCUCUUUUAUAUUUUACUCAAUUAAUGAUCUAGUAGUUAAAUAUUUAGUUGUAGGAGUUAAUUAUUAUUCACUGGAAAUGAAAGAAAUUAAUUUUUCAUUUUAAGCUUAUCAAAUUUCAUUAAACUGCUUAUCUUUAGCCUUGAUAUUCACAUUUGAGAUUUAUUUAAAAAAAUAAUUGCCUUAAAGCUAUUAAAGAAGUAUACUAAAUCUAUAAUUAUGA